AUGAAUAUCCCGUCAAACCUCUCCUUCACAGCGGACGAAGCGCAACUGCUCGAUGACGAUUUCGACAGAAGCCCGCUAUCCCUAAUACUUCUCGCCAAUAUCCCUCAGCUGGGCUUGUCGACGAUCUAUUUCUUCCAUAACGAUAUCAUAACCAACAUGGUGCUGGCAGCUGAAUAUGCGGAUUACUCGCAUGAGCGAAAGCCUCUCCGGGUCUCUUGGCCCCGCGGUUCCCAGCGAUCUACCUACUGGUUGAGCCUGCCGUACAAAUACAGCCUUCCGAUGAUAGUCCUCUCCGCGUUGAUGCAUUGGCUCCUGUCGCAGGCCAUGUCGUAUGUCCAUGCGAUCGGAUACGAUAAGUACGGAACAGUGCAUAAGAAAAUCAGCUCGGUCAGCUUCAACGGUGUCCCCUGUCUCCUGUGUGGCGUUAUCGGUCUCGUCAUGAGCUUUGUCACUUUGGCGUUGGGAUACAGACGAUUGAGAGGCCACAUGCCGAUUGCUGGGAAUUGCAGCGCGGCUAUAAGUGCCGCUUGCCAUUCGCCAGAAGAUGACCGCGACGCGUCACUUAAAGGGGUCAUGUGGGGUGAGGUGAAGAAUGUUAAUAUUAAUCCCAGUAUCCCGAGUCAAAGUCCUGGCCUGGUUGAUGAGCUCCGCAGUCCUGACGGGACCUCGGACGAGACUUCAGAGAAUAAUCACGAGUCGAUAGCCCUGACGAGUGAGUUUGUGCCGCUGCCUGCUUACGGCCAUUGUUGCUUUACUUCUUAUGAUGCUAUGGCGCCGAGUCUGGAUAGGCAAUACUGUUGA